GUGUCAUAUCUACAAAGACCAACAAUAAGACUGAGAGCGCAUAUACCUCCUCCGUGGAGUCACUGUCUGAGUCUCCGUGCACAGCGUCGCUAUUUCUCUGUAUUUCGUCUGACCUCUUGGAAGAGCAGCUGUUUGCCUCGUCUCCCGACUAGUCACCAGUUUUGGACUAAGGUACAGAAUUGAAGAACGAAGAAAAUGUUGGCUGCGUCAGCAUUGUGCUCGUCCUCGCGACGGGCGACCUUUUGCCUAUGUCGGCUGGGCCCUAGCAUGCACUCUGAGGAUUUGCUUUCUGGACGCAUUAGCAGUGCAAGACGUGCUUUUUCGUGGAAUGCUGCGGCCCCUGAUGUGUCUGCACCGGAUUAUCUUGCAAAGACCUCCGGGAGCCAGGCAACAGCGACCGCGGAGCAGCCGCAGAGCAGUCGUGUGACGGGUAAGGUCACGCAAGUUUUCAAGAAGUCAGGUUACCUCGCAAGCUUUACGCAUUCUAGUAUGGACAUCCCUUUUCGGAUGUCUGACUGCGUGGAUAAUCGGGUUCAGAUUGGCGACGAGGUACAAUUUGAAACUGCAAAUCGUGAAGGAAAGAACGGCGUCAAGCACUUUUAAGAAAGUGUUAUAAUAAAUAACUGUUUACUACUUGGUUCUACGAGGUGGUUCCAGUUUCGAUUGUCCCUGCUCCGUUGUUGAAGCAGGGUUUAGAAGUUCAUGUCGAGUUUCGUCCAACAUUGUUUCCAAGAAUUCCAGUAGAUGACUUUUCAACCGCCUCAUCUAAUAUUCAGCGGCACUUCGAAUCACCGGAGGUACAGGAAUUCCUUUGGGACAAUUCAGUUCCGUUGCGCGAACCGACGUGACUUCUCAGACAUUAGAGACCAUGCGUAGCGAACUUGAGGAAAUCAAGAUGAGGCUCCAACAGCUUGAGCAGAAGUGAUUCGUGAAGAGAAACUCCCUCGACAAGAUUUCAAUUGCUCUACAUGAAUGCGCAUGUUGUGCAAUUUUUUUUAGAUCUGCUAAGGAGUGCAUGUGAAAAUGUUACAGCACUUAUGAUUUUUAACUUUUCCCUCCGAUGGAUGUGGAAGCUUUAGUGUGCACCCGCCUAGAAAUCCUAAAGACAAAAUAGCUUUUCCCCUUGGAUUGUUGUUAGUCUUCUUCCUCACGGCAUCCGUCGAGAAGCGAAAGCUGUAGAGGGUGUCUGGAGGAAAUAUAUUCCAGAGCAGUUUAUUGCACGCGUGGUGCAUGGAGUGCAUGGAGCGCCGACCCAUAAGGGACGCAAGAAGCGCCCCCUUU